AAAGACAGACUCUGUGACAUGAUGGAAAAUAUAUGCAGUAAUAUUAUUUAGCAAGUUAAAACAAACUUCCCCAUAAAUAGCCCAUAGCCCGUAGGCUAUUCAGUGCUGAUUGCUUCCUGGAAAGAAUUAUCUGCUGUUCACAUUUAGCUCAAAGUGAAAGUGAAAGAAUGCGCGAGGAGACACGCUGGAUGAAAGAAGAAAGAGAGGGGUGGGGAACGACUGACAGUGCAACGACAACGAGACAGUUUGAGUGUGUGUUAGUCUCUUCACGGAAAGACGCCGUGUGGUUGACUAUGUGUUUGUGUGUGGUGUAGAGCUGAGAGUAUUCUUAUUGCUUCACUGAAGAAGGAUGCAGCCUGAAGCACACACACACAAGAGCUGAGAGUAUUCUUGCUUCACUGAAGAAGGAUGCAGCCUGAAGCACACACACACAAGAUGAUGCUAGUGAGUGUGUACGAGUCAGUGGUUCUGAGACCUCGGGGGCGGUUGCCACAGGUGUGUGGUCUGGUGGUCAGUGUUGUGUGUGUUCUGAUGGCAGGGGUGUGUGUGUCUGACAACACCAUCCUCAACCAGGCCAAAGUGGUUCUCUACGGCCUGGGUGUGGGCGUCGUCCUGUAUGCAGCCUGUCUAUUAGUAGAAGAGGCCACCUCGCAUUUCACGCAACGGUACAACAGCAGUGUGAGCGGUAUGCUGAGGGCGUGUGUGUGUUGGAGAGUGCAGGCCGCGGUGGCUGUCCUGACCCUGGUGUGUGUGUUUAGCGGAGACGCUCUCAGUGGGGAUGAGAGGGGCAGGGUUCUCCUCCUAGCUGCCUGCUAUCUACUACUCAAGAUAUCUGGGCUGCUGGCUCCAAGUGCAGUGGAGAUCUCUGAGAUCUGUGAGUCGCAUCGGAUGAAUGUGGCCCAUGGGUUGGCCUGGUCCUUUUACCUGGGCUAUCUGAAGUUAGUUCUCCCCUCGCUGGAUGCCCGAGUGGAACAGUAUAACAAGCAGCUUGGCCAUGCAGCUGAGGGUGCUCUGACAGGGCCGUGGGCGUCCCGUCUGCACAUCCUGUUGCCCCUCAAUGCCUCAGUCAGCGCACACCUCGAGGAUGACGACCCCCGCGUCCAAUUCCGUGAGAGCCUGCCUACUGUGGAGAUGGACCGUGCCGGGGUGCGAAACAGAGUUUACAAGAACAGUGUAUACAGCGUCGUGGAUGCAAACGGGCAGGUUUACAACUGCAUCCUGGAGUCGGCCACCCCUCUGAUGACGAUGUACCAGAUGUCUCAGGAGAGCACCGCAGCCUUUGGGCUCUCUGAGCGCCGGCAGCAGGUCCUGCUCUUCUACAGAACCCUGCAAAGCAUUCUAGACAGCUCACUGGAGUGCCGCAACCGCUACCGACUCAUCCUGCUGGAUGACGCACACGCUGGUGAGGAUCACUUCCUGUCCACGGAGAUCCUGAGGCACCUGCAGCAGCAGGACAGGGAGGAGUUUCCCAUGGAGCCGCCCGCCAAGGAUGCACGCAGGCCCACGGAGGAGAUAGGCUCUCAGGUGGCCAAUGGGACGGCGCCGCUGCCCGGCGGCCCAAUGAGCACCAUCAGCCUCAUGAUCAGUGGCGACAGCAGCAAGACGCUGACGCCGGACAUGCCACACAGUCUCCGCGCCGAGCCUGAGGAGAACUCUAUAACUCUAUUCUGUGAGAAUUCUAGCACAGAAUAAACAGCUCCCACAUCAUCCUCCUCUCCUUCUUCUCUUUAUCUCUCUGCUUUUCUUUAUUUUCAUGCUCUUUCCAUGCAGUCCUUUAAAAGCUUUUUCCAGCCAUAUCUACUUCCUGUGUCUUUCCUAAAAAUAAACCUCAGGGGAAGUGAAAACUCUUUGGUUGUUCAGGGCUUCAGUAUUACAUAGGGGAGAGUGGGGUAAGAUGAGCCAUUUUUUACAUUCUUCAUCAUUCUGAUUUUGAGGUUUUGUUUUGUAAUCUUCACACCAAACAAAAUUUCAAAGUGUCCUACUACUUCUGUAAUCAACAAAUCUUAGAUAUCUUAUACGGGUAAAGAGAUAUGCUCUCUACAACAAAGUUGGUCUUGUGGCUCAACUUACCCCAUCUGUGGGGUAAGUUAAGCCAACACAAGAUUUCAUGUAAAAUAUUAUUAUUUUCUUCAAACAAUAAUUUAAUUUCUACCAACAGUAACAAACACCAACAUUUAACUGUGAAUGUGCCAAAUAGAUUCAACUGAAUUUUUUCCAAGACAUGUUUAGGCCUAUAACAUUUUUUUUGUUGCCUGUUUACCUUUAAAUUUGCCCAUUUAAUUCACUUAAAUAAGUCUAAUUCAUUUGCUGCCUAGUCUCUUUAACUCUUAGUAACACUGAGGAACCAUAAAGAACGAGGUCACAAAAUAAAGGCAAAAUCUUACAGAUGCAAUACAAGAACUACCGUAGUUAGCUGGCUCAAUUUACCCCCACCCUGGCGGCUCAUCUUACCCCACAACCACCAUUUUGAAAGAAAAUGCUUCUCGCAACAAGCUAAGGUAACAUUCAUAAUUCACUCUGGACAUAAAUGAAAUCCACUUGGAGGGCAAAAAAUCAUAUUUUUACACAUAUAUAUUUUUUUACCACAUUUGCCAUGUGCUGUACUAUUCCACAUAUUGUAAAGAAUGAUCCCCUCUUCCUUAAAAUUCGGUCACAUGAUAACAUUUGUUUACAGUUUCUAGAAAAAGGGGUGGCUCAUCUUAUAUGCUCAUUUUACCCUGUUCUCCCCUACUGAUAUGGCGCUGUUUGUAAGCCAGACUAUGAUAGGAGAUAGGGGACUAUGGUUAAAGUUCUUUAAAUAAAAGUAGACAUUUUGUUUACUCAAAGGUUACUCAAUUGAUCUAGAUACACCAUUUCAUUGGACUUGUGGAGGCAACAUUGAUAAGCUUUUUUUUUAUGACACUAAAAGUUCUAAGUAACUUUAUUUGAAUCAUUUCCUCCUUCACCCAUCCAGGUUGUGCUCCCUCUAGUGGUAUAUUUCAGAUAUGUCAUCCACAUGCAUUUUAAGCAUAGUCACUGUAUGUGUGUGCUACUACAUCGGGACAUAUUGCACAUUAGCUGAUCUGUGCUCUGCUAGGCUAUCUCUCACUCUAUAAUAGAGUCUAUAUUUUGCAAGAGCGGUCAGGCCUGCAUCUGACCCUUAUCUAAUUUACCACAUUUGUCCUCCUCAGUGACCUCAUGUCCGAUCUGUGCGUGCAUUCAAAAAAAAAAGCUGGUGUCUGUGUAAGGUGAAGUCAUGAAAAACACACAGACAAAACACAUACUGUAUUGGAUGUACUGUUCUAGGCAAUGGUCAUGUUCCUUUAGGAGCAUGAAGGGAGGUGGUGUAAUUUGAUUGGCUGUUAAAUUCAAAUAUCAGGAUUGUGCCCAAUUCAUGUUUACAGAUGUUUCAGUUUAGGUAAGACCAAUAAAAGCCCCGAUUGUCUCGAUUUGAGUGCAGAGAAGAACCUGAAAAGUACCCUUUGAUCACGUGUGACUAAUAAAGGUUCUGGAUAAUUCA